GUUUUGUCCGUACUAUCACAUGUCACCACCACCGAUUUGCACCACCACGCGAUCACUAUCUAGUAGGCAGGCGCACGACCAAAGCGACCGGCCUCUGAUUGCGGUCAACUUGCUCUACAUGACGCAGAACUUCGACGGGGCCUGACUAAUUAGCCGACCCUAUCAUCGCCCGUCGGGCUCGACUGGCUCCAAAGCUCCCCGAGCAAGCCUCCGGGCCAGCCGAUCUGGUGCAGGCUUCAUGUCUCGACAACCUCGCCCUCACCUGUGCUACUCGUCCUAAUGUCGUCUACCUGAACUCCACCCAAAUUCAACCGAAAAUAUCCCUUCGCGCAACCGGCGGCUCGCCCGCCCGUUUCGCCGCAAUGGAAAAAUACAGCCAGUUCCGCGAUCGAGCCACGGGCAUCGCGCCUUUCCUGCCCGUCUCGACGCCCCUCUCUGCCGUCUCGACAUUGACACACGGCCUGCUCUUCCUCUUUCGCCUGCCUUUCUUCCUCACCUACGCUGCCAGCUACUUCAUCCUCUUCCAUUACCUUCCGCUGCCUGUCAUCGCCAGAAAGAUUGCACUAUGGGGUCUUAUGGCAAUCCCCGGCAUCUGGUGGGUUGACCUACAGCUCGACGGCGUCAAACGUGGGACCCUAUCCGAGCAGCCGCGCGAGCGCGUUCCGCAUCCAGGCUCCGUCAUCGCCGCCAAUUUUACAAGUCCCAUCGAUGCCAUCUAUCUUGCGGCCAUCUUCGAUCCCGUGUUUACAGCAUCGUAUCCCGGCACACGAAAGCUACAGCGCGUGGGCUUGUUCGGCGCGGUGGCCAUGGCCCUCGCGCCAGUGCGUACUGCGCCCCCACCGAAUGCGAACCUCGUCGAUAUCAAAGACCUCCUCCGCGAGUUUCCGGACCGAGUCAUCGCCGUGUUCCCCGAAUGCGGCACCACCAACGGCAAAGCAAUACUUCCACUAAGUCCGACCAUCGUUGACUGUCCGUCUCAAGUCCACAUCUUUCCCGUUAGCAUUCGCUACACGCCAUCUGACGUCACGACACCUGUGCCGGGCCAGUGGUUUAAGUUUGUUUGGAACCUCCUUUCGCGGCCAACGACAUGCAUCCGAGUCCGCAUCGCAGAAGGGCAGAUGAACACGGCCGCGGCCACGACAAAUGGAGGUGGCACCGUCGGCUCCAGCGGUGAAUUGAAGCAGCGAAAGGCGACUGAGACAGAUGUCUCGACUCAACAGCAACGGGUUUUGGAUCGCAUCGCUGAGGCGCUUGCGCGGUUGAGCAGGGUUAAAAGGGUUGGGUUGACAAUGCAAGACAAGGCAGCCUUUGUUGCUGCGCUAAAUGGGAAGAAAUGAGCCCCGCGUGGAAAUCUGAGGGCAGCGACGCGAAGCGCCUGGUGUGGCCCUGUGUGGGCCCUUAUUCAAGUCAAGUCUGCGUUCAUAAUACAGUCCAAAGGAUGCAUUGCUCGAGGCCGCAAUCUCGACUGCGUUUGAGGUUUGAC